UGGAGCUUGUGGUCCAGUCAACCCAGGAUGGAGCUUGUGGUCCAGUCAACCCAGGAUGGAGCUUGUGGUCCAGUCGACCCAGGAUGGAGCUUGUGGUCCAGUCGACCCAGGAUGGAGCUUGUGGUCCAGUCAACCCAGGAUGGAGCUUGUGGUCCAGUCAAUCAGCCAGGAAAAUCCCAAAACAACAACAUGGGGAGAUGUAAUGAGGAGGAACUGAAUUGUCUCACUGUGGUUAACCAGAAACCAGUAACAGGACUAUGGGUGACCUCACCUAUAGAGCGGCCAUCUAGUGCCCUAGCAUUCAUGGGCACAGAGAGAGGCUGAGUGGGAAUACCAAGCUCCGAAGCUAUCGGGGCAUCCAUAAGGUUUUCAUCAGCCCUAGAGCACUCGGAGAGCACCAGACCAGACCUCCUCUCACUCCUACGUUCCCUUAGGCAUCCAUCAAUUUUAAUGGUUAAAGUGAUAAGGGAGUUGAGGUCCACCGGCAGUUCCCGAGCAACUAGCUCAUCUUUAACCUCCUCAGAUAAUAAGUGCAGAGAAGUAUGGAAAAGAGUCUCCGGAUUCCAAGCACGCUCGGCGGCCAAGGUGCGAAAGUCCACCGUGUAGUCUGCCACACUACUGGAGUUUGGACGUAAGUCAAGCAGUUUGCUGGCUGCCUUUCUCCCUGAUACCGGAGACUCAAACUUCUCCCCUCUGCCAUGAAUUCCUCCAGAUGAACACAAAUGGCAGAUUGUGGCAGAUCCCCACAUUAGCAUAAUUAUAUACUCUAACUUUUCGAUCGCUCUGAAGAAAACGAAGAUGGCUGUAAUCAAAAAUAAGAGAGAACUGAGAAAGAAAACCCCGGCAGGUACCAGAAUAUCGCUCUGGAGGAGGUAAGCGGGGUUCACGGGGAGUCGGGAUAAGCUGUACAAACUCACCACAGAUAGGGAAAAAAUACUGGGUGAUUGGGUUUUUUCCAGAGGUGGCAGACAGUCUCUGAGCUAACUCCCUGAUUUGCUCCAUAAUAGCCAUGGUCGUAGCGUUCUGUCAAGGAUCUGAGCCCUUCCAAAAGGCCCUGUACCAACUCCUCAUGUUUCUUAAUGGUGGCUCCCUGCAGGGAGACAGCGUGGUGGAGCUGGUCCAGGUCUGCUGGGUCUGGCAUGGCCAGUUUGUACUAUAAGGACACAAGGCGAAACUCAGAUGCAGACACAGGAGGCAGAUUGUGGGAGUCUUAAAAUGUUUAUUAAUCCAAAGGGAAUAGACAAGAGAAUGGUCAUGGACGGGCAAAAGGUCAUAACCAGGUCAGAGUCCAGGAGGUAUAGAGUGGCAGGGAGACUUGAGGUCAGGGCAGGUAGAAUGGUCAGGCAGGCGGGUACAGAAUCCAGAACAGGCAAGGGUCAAAACCCGGGAGGACUAGAAUAAGGAGGCAAAGCAGGAAAACGGGAAAAACACUGGUAGGCUUGGACAUACAAGACAAACUGGCACAGAGAGACAGGAAACACAGGGAUAAAUACACUGGGGAAAACAAGCGACACCUGGAGGGGGUGGAGACAAUAACGAGGACAGGUGAAACAGAUUAGGGGGUGACCGUGUGGAGACCUCUCCCCCUGUCACUCUUCUGAUUUAUUGCCCUGGUUGCCUGGACAGAGCCACUUAAGCCAGUUGUUUUUCUGUGUGUUUAAAUGUGUGUGUGUCUCAGCGUGUGUGAUGUAGGUGACCCUAACCUAACAGAUAGGUUAACUACAUAGCAAUUCCAUCUACAAUGUUGUUACUACAGGUGUUUAAAGCAUAGCUAAUACACACUUAAUGUAAAGUGUCUUCAAUGUUUCCUCAAGGUCACGCAGCCAUAUUAACUACUUGGGAUGGACCUUAUCAGCAAACUGACACAGACAGACAGCGGACACCAGUAUAUCUGUGUUAUGAUUGACUACCUCACUAAAUGGCCACAGGUAUACCCCCUCCACAUAGUCUGCUAAGGAGGUCACAGACUGCAUAAUCACAUUUUGAGGCAUCAGUUUGAGACACCCAAAUGUAUAUCACAGACCAAGGGAACGAGUUUGUCAAUGACGUAAAUAGUAACUGUGUUACUCAACUAAUAUUUGGUUAAAUGUCUUCAGCUUUCUAAAAGUCUUUUUCCCUUUUAUAAUAAAAGAUCAACAUUAAUGCAAAGCUCUGACGAUCCGAAAAAGUCUCUGCAUUGAACGGGACAAUGCAGAGGUAUAAGCAACAUCUGUAGACUGAUGUUAUAACAUUUAACAGGCAGUAGUUUUUAGUUCAAUUGUAAUGUUCUAAACAUGUUCUAAAAACGUUCACAUUCUAAGAAUAACUUGUGCCAUAUCAUUUUUUAUUCAAUCAUAUUUUCAGAUCCAUCUCUACAUUAUUGAGUCAAAAACCAAAAGAGUGGGACAAGCAUCUUGAACCAAGAAUCAAAUGACAACAAAAUACUCCCUCUUCUUCCUGAUGUUUGGUAGAGAGGCUCGCUACCCGUCAGAGGUUCCAGAACAUUACAGUGUUGGUCAUUUUACAUUCUAGUUGAUUUGAGAAAUGCAGACUGUAUCUUUGUAAGUUUAAAUUAAUAUCAGAAAUGUAUGCUAUAGAUUGACAGCAGUGUCGAGAAGGUCUUAGCAGGGAAAGACUUAGGCUGAAGCAGAAGUUAGGCUGAAGCAGAAGUUAGGCUGAAGCAGAAGUUAGGCUGAAGCAGAAGUUAGGCUGAAGCUCAACGAGGUUCUCCAGACUGCCAUGGACAACACUGCUGUGGUCCAGAGGAAAUCCACUAAAAGAACAAAAGGCACAGUGCCAAAACUUAAUGUGGUGACAGAGUGUGGAGUGUAAAUUUCCAAAGCCAGCAUAGGAGAGGGGGAAAACUGGAUCCCAACUUUCUUCACCCAUAAAGGAUUUGAGGUCUCGAAGGGAAAAGUGUGGACUUGGAAAUUGACAAGGUGGUUAUCUUCCCUAAAAUAAGCAUGGAUCACCUGAGGCCUCAUGGAGAGGAGUCUCCUCGGAUCCCUCAUAAAAUACAAUCAACAGCCCCCAGAACCACCACACCAGCAGGUGAAGCCUCCACAGCAACCACACCAGCAGGUGAAGCCUCCACAGCCACCACACCAGCAGGUGAAGCCUCCACAGCCACCACACCAGCAGGUGAAGCCUCCACAGCAACCACACCAGCAGGUGAAGCCUCCACAGCAACCACACCAGCAGGUGAAGCCUCCACAGCCACCACACCAGCAGGUGAAGCCUACACAGCAACCACACCAGCAGGUGAAGCCUCCACAGCAACCACACCAGCAGGUGAAGCCUCCACAGCAACCACACCAGCAGGUGAAGCCUCCACAGCAACCACACCAGCAGGUGAAGCCUCCACAGCCACCACACCAGCAGGUGAAGCCUCCACAGCCACCACACCAGCAGGUGAAGCCUCCACAGCCACCACACCAGCAGGUGAAGCCUCCACAGCAACCACACCAGCAGGUGCAGCCUCCACAGCCACCACACCAGCAGGUGAAGCCUCCACAGCCACCACACCAGCAGGUGCAGCCUACACAGCAAGCACACCAAAAACAUUCACCUCCACAGCCACCACACCAGCAGGUGAAGCCUCCACAGCCACCACACCAGCAGGUGAAGCCUCCACAGCCACCACACCAGCGGCCUCCACAACUACCACACCAGCAGGUGAAGCCUCCACAGCCACCACACCAGCGGCCUCCACAACUACCACACCAGCAGGUGCAGCCUCCACAGCCACCACACCAGCGGCCUCCACAACUACCACACCAGCAGGUGAAGCCUCCACAGCAACCACACCAACAGCCUCCACCUCCAAAAGCCCCACACCAGUUGCUGCAGCCUCCACAGCCACCACACCAACAGCCUCCACCUCCAAAAGCCCCACACCAGCUGCUGCAGCCUCCACAGCCACCACACCAACAGCCUCCACCUCCAAAAGCCCCACACCAGCUGCUGCAGCCUCCACAGCCACCACAUCAACAGCUUCCACCUCCAAAAUGAUCCCAUAGAAUUGGAAAUUGAUCCCAUCGAUGAACCAGACUUGUGGAGGUCUACAAUUUUUCUUCUGAGGUCUUGGCAAAUGUUUGAUCUUCUCAUGAUGUCAAGUAAAAACGCACUGAGUUUGAAGGUAGGCCUUGAAAUACAUCCACAGGUACAACUCUAAUUGACUCAAAUGAUGUCAAUUAGCCUAUCAGAUGCUUCUAAAGCCAUUUUCUGGAAUUUUCCAAGAUGUUUAAAGGCACAGUCAACUUAGUGUAUGUAAACUUCUGGCCCACUGGAAUUGUGAUACAGUGAAUUAUAAGUGAAAUAAUCUGUCUGUAAACAAUUGUUGGAAAAAUGACUUGCGUCAUGUACAAAGUAGAUGUCCUAACUGACUUGCCAAAACUGUAGAUGGUUAACAAGAAAUUCUGGAGUGGUUGAAAAACGAGUUUUAAUGACUCCAACCUAAGUGUAUGUAAACUUACGACUUCAAAUGUAUGUGCUGUUGUCUAGAAUCAGCCCAUUUAAAAUCUUUUAUCAGGAUCUCCACAGAACUGGUCCAAAUAUUGAGCUGGAAGGUGUUGCACAUACAGUGUAUGUAAACACUGUACCGGUAUGUGAUUAAUCUGUGUAUUUAUAAGGAAAACCUCAAUUGUUGGUUUUCCAUGAAACAGAUUUACCUUCCUUGUCUUUUUUUUCUGUCAGACCAUCAAUGCAUACAUGGUACGGAUUUUAAUACGCAGUCAUCCGAGCAAGCUUUCUACGUUGACGCCUUGUCACGCCCUGACCAUAGUGUGCUUUGUAUGUUUAUAUGUUUUGUUGGGUCAGGGUGUGAUCUGAGUGGGCAUUCUAUGUUGUAUGUCUAGUUUGUCUGUUUCUAUGUUUGGCCUGAUAUGGUUCUCAAUCAGAGGCAGGUGAUUGGGAACCAUAUUUAGGUAGCCUGUUUUGUCAUUGUGGGUUGUGGGUGAUUGUCUAUGUUAUGUUGCAUGUUAGCACAGUGUUUCAUUAGCAUCACGGUUGUCACUUUGUUGUUUUGUAGUGUUUUGUUUUUCCAUUAAAAUGACGAACACUUACCACGCCGCAUCUUGGUCCGAUCCUUACUCCUCUUCAGACGAAGAGGAGGAAAUCUGCCGUGACAGAAUCACCCACCACAAAAGGACCAAGUGGCAUGGUAAAGGGCAGCAGCAGCGGCAGAAAUUUCAGGACUCGUGGACAUGGGAGGAGAUUUUAAAUGGAGAAGGACCCUGGGCACAGGCUGGGGAAUAUCGCCGCCCCAAAGCAGAGCUGGAGGCAGCGAAAGCUGAGCGGAGGCGAUAUGAGGAGGCAGCACGGCAGCGCGACAGGUACAAGAGGCAGCCCCCAAAAAAUGUUUUGGGAGGGCACACGGGGAGUGUGGCUAAGCCAAGUAGCAGACCUGAACUCACUCCUCGUGCUUAUUAUAAGCAGCGCAUUACUGAUAGGCACCGUGUUAUGCGGUUAAGCGCCAGUACGUGCCCAUAGCCUGGUGCGCUAUAGGGCAGCCAAGCGUCACCAGAGCCGCCAGUCAGCCAGGAGCCGCCAGAGCGGUUAGCCAGCCAGGAUCCGCCAGAGCCGUCAGCCAGCCAGGAGCCGCCAGAGCCGUCAGUCAGUCCGGGGCUGCCCUUCAGUCCGGGGCUGCCAUUCAGUCUGGAGCUGCCAUUCAGUCCGGAGCUGCCCCUCAGUCCUGAGCUACCCUCAGUCCUGAGCUAACCUUCAGUCCUGAGCUCCCCUUCAGUCCUGAGCUACCCCUCAGUCCGGAGCUGCCCCUCAGUCCAGUUGGGCCCUUUAGUAGGUUUGCCAGUCCUAGGUAGGCUGCGAGGGUCGUCAUUCCUAGGAGGCCACAGAAGCAGACUAAGACUAUGGUGCAGUGGCGUCCACGUCCAGCGCCAGAGCCGCCACCGCGGACAGAUGCCCACCCAGACACUCCCCUAUAGGUUCAGGUUAUGCGGCCGGAGUCCGCAUCUUGGGGGUGGGGUACUGUCACGCCCUGACCAUAGUUUGAUUUGUAUGUUUAUAUGUUUCGUUGGGUCAGGGUGUGAUCUGAGUGGGCAUUCUAUGUUGGAUGUCUAGUUUGUCUGUUUCUGUGUUUGGCCUGAUAUGGUUCUCAAUCAGAGGCAGGUGUUAGUCAUUGUCUCUGAUUGGGAACCAUAUUUAGGUAGCCUGUUUGUCAUUGUCUCUGAUUGGGAACCAUAUUUAGGUAGCCUGUGUUGUCAUUGUCUCUGAUUGGGAACCAUAUUUAGGUAGCCUGUUUUGUCAUUGUCUCUGAUUGGGAACCAUAUUUAGGUAGCCUGUGUUGUCAUUGUCUCUGAUUGGGAACCAUAUUUAGGUAGCCUGUUUUGUCAUUGUCUCUGAUUGGGAACCAUAUUUAGGUAGCCUGUUUUGUCAUUGUGGGUUGUGGGUGAUUGUCUAUGUUAUGUUGCAUGUUAGCACAGUGUUUCAUUAGCGUCACGGUUGUCACGCUGUUGUUUUGUAGUGUUUUGUUUUUCGAACACUUACCACGCCGCAUCUUGGUCCGAUCCUUACUCCUCUUCAGAUGAAGAGGAGGAAAUCUGCCGUGACACGCCUUUGAAAUGACUGGCAUUUGGGGGAGCAAGAAAUGAAAACUUACAUUUGGUUGGAUUAUUCUCAUAAUAUGAUGAUAUUAUAUGUUAUAUUUGACAGAUUUUUAUAUCAAGCAACUGUAUCCUUGCUCUUUUAAAUUUCAGAUUGAUCCAAUGAUGUACAAGUACAUCAUCAAUGAACACAACCACUGGAUUUGUGACGUUACGAGCCGCUAAGGCAGAACUAAGAACUAAGAAAGAAAUAAUACAGAAUAUAUAUGUGAAUUCAUUCACGUGUGUAAAAUGUGUGUGUGCCAUAUGUGUGUAUUUAUGUGUGAAUGUAAUAUGCAUGUAUGUGUGUGUAAUGUGUGUGUCUGUCUGUCUAAACUUUUGGUUGUGCUGCCAUCUCAAAAGAGGGCUCUGUUCCUCGACCCAAUGGGGGAAAGGGCCAGAAAGAUACCAGGGGUUGACAAGGACAAUGACCCAACACACCUCCAGGCUGUGUAAGGACUAUUUGACCAAGAAGGAUGGAGUGAUGGAGUGCUGCAUCAGAUGACCUGGCCUCCACAAUCACCCGUGAAGGAAGCAGAGUGAAGGAAAAGCAGCCAACAAGUGCGCAACAAUGUGUGAACUCCUUCAAGACCAUUCCAGGGGAAGCUGGUUGAGAGAAGGCCAAGAGUGUGCAAAGCUGUCCCAAGGCAAAGGGUGGCUACUUUGAAGAACCUCAAAUAUAAAAUAUAUUUUGAUUUGUUUAACCCUUUUUUGGUUACUACAUAAUUCCAUGUGUUAUUUCAUCGUUUUGAUGUCUUUACUAUUAUUCGACAGUGUAGAAAAUAGAUAUAUAUUUUUUAAAUCCUUGAAUGAGUAGGUGUGUCCAAAUGUUUUACUAGUACUGUAUUUAAAUGUAUCAGGGGGUAUCGCAGCACCUCCAGUACCCUUCACGGAGCUAUGAUUAUACUUGGAAAACUAAUGGCCAUAUUAAAUUGUUAAAACAAAGAAAUAAAGUGCAACGCUGGAGAGAU